GCCGCGCCUGUUCCUCAAGCCCGUGUCUAUCUCUCUUUCGCUGCCGCAGCUCGCUCGCUAGGGUUUGCUCUCAAAUCCCCGAUCCCCAAUCAAUCCCCGACCUCCCCGAUGGCUGCCGCGGAGGGCGAGAAAAAGAUGAUCACGCUCAAGUCCUCGGACGGCGAGGAGUUCGAGGUCGAGGAGGCCGUCGCCAUGGAGUCGCAGACGAUCCGGCACAUGAUCGAGGACGACUGCGCCGACAACGGCAUCCCUCUCCCCAACGUCAACUCCAAGAUCCUCUCCAAGGUCAUCGAGUACUGCAACAAGCACGUCCAGGCCGCCAAGCCCGCCGGCGCCGACGGGGCGGCAUCGGCGCCGGGGGCGGGGGUGGACGGGGCCGCGGCUCCGGCGCCCGCCGAGGACCUCAAGAACUGGGACGCCGAGUUCGUCAAGGUCGACCAGGCCACCCUCUUCGACCUCAUCCUGGCUGCAAACUACCUGAACAUCAAGGGCUUGCUGGAUCUUACGUGUCAGACUGUGGCCGACAUGAUCAAGGGCAAGACGCCUGAGGAGAUCCGCAAGACAUUCAACAUCAAGAACGACUUCACCCCCGAGGAGGAGGAAGAGAUUCGCAGGGAGAACCAGUGGGCGUUCGAGUAGAGGGCAGCAUCUACACCCUUGUGCCUGCCGUGCUGAUGCUUAGAGCUUAGUGUCAGCGCUCUUUUAAUGACGUUGUAAUGGAUGUAAUUAUUUUGGAGUCACCCCCAGUGGGUUUGUUGUUGUGUCCGCAAGGAAAACUAUCUAUCCUUAGUUUUCAGUGGUUAUCACUUGCGAUCAACUGAAUUGCUAUUGUCAAGCGGGUUUUUGGUUUGUAACAUUGUGCAUCUGUGGCUGGUUGAUGACUGUUGUCUGCUUUGAGAUACUGCGUUGAAGCAUAAUUGGCGUGUUUUGUUGA